AUGUCUUUAAUGAUCAUAGAGGACGAGUCUUCACCUGAACCUGUGCAGCCACAGAAAGAAGAUCUGAGUGAGAACACAGAGAAAGCUUCAGCAGACAUGACAGACCACCCUGAUCAAGAAGAAAAUCAGAUCCAGUCCAACAACACUGAUCACAAGACUGACACACCAGAAAACAUGGAUGAAACUAAAGGAGCAGGACAAAGGAACAACAGUUCUGAUAAAAAUCCUGAGUUACAAGAUCAACCUGAGACUAAAGAGGACGAGUCUUCACCUGAACCUGUGCAGCUACAGAAAGAAGAUCUGAGUGAGAACACAGAGAAAGUUUCAGCAGACAUGACAGACCACCCUGAUCAAGAAGAAAAUCAGAUCCAGUCCAGCAACACUGAUCACAAGACUGACACACCAGAAAACAUGGAUGAAACUAAAGGAGCAGGACAAAGGAACAACAGUUCUGAUAAAAAUCCUGAGUUACAAGAUCAACCUGAGACUAAAGGAAAGCACUCUGAGACCAAAGUGAACGUUGUCCUUCUGGGCAUGGCCGGGAGUGGAAAGAGCGCCAGUGGGAACACCAUCCUUGGAAAGAAGAGCUUCAUUUCUAAACCGAGUUCAAAGCCGAUCACCACAGAGUGCCAGGCGGCAGAAACAAGGAGAAAUGGCCUACACCUGUUUGUAAUUGAUACUCCAGAUAUCUUUGAUGAUGAAAUCAAAUCAUCAGUUAAGAGCAAACAUGUUAAAAAAUGCAAACAGCUCUGCAAGUCAGAACCUUGUGUCUAUUUAGUUGUGAUGCAUGUGAGCAGAUUUACAGAUGGUGAGAGAGACAUAGUGGGUAAAUUAGAAAAAGCUUUUGGGAGUAAAGUUAAAGAAAAAACAGUGGUACUGUUCACCAGAGGAGACGACCUGCAACAGGGAGAAAUAACCUUUGAGGAGUUUUUGCAUAAGGGCCAUCCUGGUCUGAGGGAAAUUAUUAAACAGUGUGGAAACAGGUGUGUUCUCUUUGAGAACAGAAAGUCGAGUUCACAGCAAGUGAAAAAUCUGAUUGACACAGUGACCGGGCUGUUAGAAUAA